AUCAGUUGUCUGUUAGUUACUGUUUGAUACCCGCUGUUCUCAUCAAUUAUUAGGCAUGUCUCGAAUUCUCGCCAGGAGAUGCCCUCAAGGGCUUCUGCGUCAGGCCUUCUCGGCGCCGCGCACCAACGUCACCACUACUCCUGUCCGUGCCUUUGCCUCUGCCACCUCCAACGCUCCCUCCUUCAACUGGGAAGACCCUCUCAACCACAAGUCUCUCUUGACCGAGGAUGAGAUUGCCAUCGGUGAGACCGCCGAGCGUUACUGCCAGGAACAGCUUUUCCCCCGCGUGCUACAGGCCUACCGCGAUGAGCACUACGACCCCAAGAUCCUCGAGGAGAUGGGCGAUUUGGGCCUGCUGGGCGCUACCAUUGAGGGCUACGGCUGCGCCGGCGUCUCCUCCGUGGCCAGCGGUCUGAUCACCCGCGCCGUCGAGCGCGUCGACAGCGGUUACCGCAGCGGCAUGUCCGUCCAGUCCUCGCUCGUCAUGGGCCCCAUCAACGACUUUGGCACCGCGGAGCAAAAGGAGCGUUUUCUGCCCGGCAUGGCCAAGGGCAAGAUCAUUGGUGCCUUUGGCUUGACUGAGCCCAACCACGGCUCCGAUCCGGGCUCCAUGGAGACCGUCGCUCGUCCCCACCCUACCAAGGAGGGAGUCUACCUACUCAGCGGCGCCAAGACCUGGAUCACCAACUCGCCCAUCGCCGACGUCCUGGUCGUCUGGGCCAAGCUUCAGGAGACGGGCAAGAUCCGUGGCUUCCUGGUUGAGCGGUCCGCCUGCCCACCGGGUACGCUCGAGACUCCCCAGAUCAAGAACAAGACGGGUUUGCGGGCCUCCAUCACGGGCAUGAUCCAGCUAGACAACUGCCCGGUGCCCAAGGAGAACAUGUUCCCCGAGAUCGAAGGGCUCAAGGGCCCUUUCACGUGCCUCAACAGCGCCCGCUUCGGUAUCGCCUUCGGCAUGAUGGGCGCGCUCGAGGACUGCCUGGCGCGGGCCCGCACCUACGCCCUCGAGCGCAAGCAGUUCAAGGGCAACCCGCUGGCCAAGUACCAGCUCGUGCAGAAGAAGCUGGCCGAGGCGGCCACCGACGUCGCCUACGGAACCCUGGCUGCCAUCCAGGUCGGCCGCCUCAAGGACGAGGGCAAGGCCACGCCCGAGAUGAUCAGCAUGAUCAAGCGCCAGAACUGCGAUCGCACCCUGUACCACGCCCGCACGCUGCAAGAGAUCUUUGGUGGUAAUGCUGUGUCAGAUGAGUACCAUAUUGGCCGUGUUGUUGCCAACUUGUAUGUAACGCAAACAUAUGAGGGUCAGAGUGAUAUUCACAGUCUCAUUCUGGGAAGGGCUAUCACUGGUGUUCAGGCUUUCGUGUAAGACGGUGUAAAAACAGCUUUCUUCAUUUCAGCGAGGUUUGUUGUGUGGGAUUGAACGGGAGCGCAUUGUCAUAUUUUGUGUACAGUAACAAAUUUCGGUGUUUGAAUGGAUACCACAAAUUUGACCGCG